UGUCAUUUACUAUCAAACAGAAGAAGAAGAAACGUGCGCACGCACCAAAAGUAGCCACAAAAAAAAAACAAUAAGAGAACCAAUAUUAAACAAGGGGCGAAGCAAUAAAAAAAAACGCGCAACAAACAAUAAAAUUGUAAAUGCAAAACAAAAUCGCGACGUCCCAAAAAAAUUGCAACAUUUUUGCGGCAGACUCAAAAUACAGUGAAAGGUGCGCAAUACGUUUAGCGGAGACACAAACCAUACCGCGGCGAUAUCGAUACCGAUUGCGAUUCUUGCGAUAACGAUAGCUUUGGAGCGCAUUUCUUUAUAUAACUACACACACCCAGACACAACUGCCUGCCCGUAGUCAAAAGAGGAAGCGAGACAGCGAGAGCGAGUGUGGGUGAGCAGGCGAAGGAAGGAGCAGGGAGCGGAAGAGGAAGCAGGACGGCAGCAAUUGAUCGAGGAGCAAAACGAAAACGGCUGUUAAAUGCGGCGAUCAAAACGCCAACGCCGCCCCAGCAAUAGCAGCAAAAGCAACAGCCACAGCCACAAUUAUCGAUAUCGUCCAGUGGAGGACAGGGAUACGCUUAUCGUUUAUCGUUGUUGACUGCUGUCAGUUUCGUUCACGAAAUAUCGAUCAAAACAACAGCAAGAACAACAACAACGACGACGACGAAGAGCAAAUCGAAGAAGAAGACGAAGAAGAAGAAAAAGCAGCGACAACGAGUUGACGACAAUUUCGAUUGUUGUUCAGGCUUUGCCAAAUAAUGGAACCAGAUCCCAAUGGGAUAAAGAUAGAGCCGACACUUGAUCACCAUCAUCAGCAGCAGCAGCAACAACAAUACGCAACGCAUGUGCUGGCAAUUAACGGUCCAAAUGGGCGGCUACUUAUCGAUCAUCAGUCAGCGCUCUUGGUACCUUUAUCGACCCAUCAGCAGCAACAAUUGCAAUUGCAACAGCAGCAGCAGCAACAAGUGCAACAGCAACAACAACAGCAACAGCAGCAGCAGUUCCAACAACAGCAGCAACAACAUCAUCAUCUACAGCAGCAACAAUUUCAUCAACAACAAUUGCAAAUAACAUUACCCGCUUAUUCACAGCCCUUGUCACUGAAGCAACAACCGCCACCGACGCCCCUUGGUCCUGUCUCCAGCGUCAGUUCGGUGUCCGUCAACACACAACAACAACAACAGCAGCAGCAGCAACAUCAUCAACAGCAGCAGCAACAGGAACUUCAACAGCAACAACAACAGCAGCAGCAACAACAACAACAUCAUCAGCAUCAGCAGCGUUGGAACGAGAGUCCUGAGGCACGACAGCGCCGCUUGGCACGCAAUGCUGAAAGGAUGCGAGAGCGACGACAGCGUGAAAGCGAAGACGAGUAUCGCAAGCGUUUGUUGCGCAACGCCGAAGCAAAUCGCCAGCGUCGGCAAAACGAAUCCGAUAUCGAGCGCGCCAUGCGUCUGGUGCGCAAUGCCGCCCGUCAGCGUUUGCGGCGCGCCAUGGAAUCACCGGAUCAGCGAGCAAAGCGCCUGGCCAAAUUGGCCGAACGCAUGCGUAUGUAUCGGGCGAGCGAGACGCCCGAUCAGCGUAAGAUUCGGCUCGCAGAGAUGGCGGCGAGAGCGCGUCAACGGAUUGCCAGCGAAUCGGUGGAGGAGCGCAAGGAAAGACUGAGAAAACUGAACGAUUAUGCGAAAAAGGUCAGAGAAAAGAAAAAGAUAUACAAACAGGUGCAGCAUGGCGUGCAAUUGCAUGGCGGCGUGCCACCGAAUUCGUCGUCCUCAUCAUCGACCAAUUCGACCACCAAUUCCACCAAUUCACUCACCCAGCAGCAGCAGCAACAGCAGCAGCAAGUGCUAGCUGUGGCUUCAGCCGCAGCAGCGGCUGCUGCUGCCGCCGCCGCCGCUGCCGCCUCCGCAGCUGGCGCAGCGCCCAAUUGUAAUAAUGAGCAUAAUAUUAAUUUAAAUCAGGCUAACGUGACUGCGUCCGCGCCUGCAACCAUCAACAUCAACAACAACAGCAGUAGUCCACCAGCAGCCACUGUUGCAGCCGGUGAUGAACAUUUGGUGACUGCGGCAGCAACUGCAGCGUAUCAACAGCAUCAGGCCAUCGAGUAUAUGGGACAGAAUAUGUUUAUCACACCGGGCGUUGGAUUGCGUCCCACCAUGCAACUGAAGCAGGAGCCGCAACAGCAGCAGCAGCAACAACAACAGCAGCAGCAGCAACAACAGCUCCAACAGCAACAGCAGCAACCACGCUAUUCAUUAGGCGCCCAGCAGCUGAUCGAUGGAGUUGCGGGUGGAAGUGGUGCAGCUGAAGCGGGCAGCAUAUUUGUGCAACAGAUCUAUGGCGAGGAGCCCGGAGCUGGUGGAGGGGGCAAAACUGGUAAAUUGCUGCAGGCGCAUGUGCCGCACUUUAGCAUUGCCAAUCCGCUCGAGUUCUAUCAGCACAAAUACGCUAAGAAGCAGGAACUUCAGUCUGGCAACGAGACGAACGAUAACAGCGGGUCUGUUAGUCUGGCCCAGAACGAGGCCAAAGUGAUUGUGGCCGCCGCCGAGCAGCAAAAGACACUGAAAUCAGGACAAACCGUCGCCGCCGGUGGUGCAACGACAACAACAACGACGACGACACAGCUCUACAAUCAGUUUCCCUAUCUGGCAACGUUUCCAGCCGGCAGCGGGGGCGGCGGUACAACGGGCACCGCUGCUGCAGCUGGCGCCACCGUUGUGACAAAUGGCACCGCCGCUGGCACAACGACAACCACAACAACCGCCUACUAUCCCAUGUAUCACAAUGGCUUCCAGUUGGGCAUCGGACCGAAUGCGGUGCCGCCGCCAUUUACGCCGGUGCACUUUGCCAAUGUCAGCGGCGGCAGCAGCCCAACGGCAACGGGGACGCAACAAUACAACAUCUUGACAACGGCGCCGGCGGGCACAAAUCCCACGCUAACAGUUGCCGCCAUGCAACAGGAUCAGCAGCAACAACAACAGCAGCAGCAGGUGCAACAGGUGCAACAACAGCAGCAGCAACAACUGGUGCAAGAAUUUCCCAAAAUGGGACGCGGCAGACCACGUAAAACGAGUCUGCUGACAUCGCAUGAGGAUCUCAAGGCGAAUACGCUGCUGGAGCAGGAGCUCAAUCAAAUGCUCGCCGGUCCCCACUUAACAGGUGGCGGCGGCGGCGGGGGACAACGACGUGGCGGACGUGACCAGAGUCACAUACAUGCACAUUCCACGGCAGAUGGCGAUGGCGGCGGCGGGGUUGUCGUAGUGACAACGCCAGCAGCAACGUCAACGCCGCGACGCAGCGCUGCCAACAAAUAUGAAACGGAAGAGGAGAAACGUGUGCGUCUCGACAAAAUGGCGGCUCAUCAGCGAGCGGUGCGUGCCAAUGAAUCGCCCGAACAGCGAACUGUGCGCCUGCAAAAGUUGAGCGAACGUGCGCGCUUAAAGCGCGCUCAAAUCAGAGCCACCGAAAACGUGGAGGAACGCAAAGAGCGAUUGUCAAAGCAGGCGGAGUACGCGCGCUUGCGACGCAUGCGCAGCCAUACGCCAAGGAAUAGCAGCAGCACGGCGAGCGCUGAGUUUCAUGCGAAAACCGAGGAUGAGACGAAUGAGCAGUUGUACGAUAACGAUAACGAUACCGAUGGUGGCGAUAGUUUUGUAGUGAAAAGCGAUUCGCAGUUGGAUGGCGAGGGCUCCAACGAUCAGCAAUUAGCAGCGCUGCAGCUGGAGCAGCACGAGCUGCAGCAAAUGACGAGCACUCUGCAACAGCAGCAGCAACCGCAUCACGAAGCCAUUGUCAUCAAUCAGCAGCAGCAGCAGCGACUGGUUACACUUAGUCAGCAUCAGCAGGGAUACAGUAAAUUGCAGACGUCAGCUUCGACGGGCGGUGGUGGCGGAGGGGCAGGCGGUGGAGGUGCAGCCAGCGGCACAGCUGAGAACAAUGAUAUGCUUAAGAUACUCGAACCGAUCAUUGUCAUGAAAACCAAAUGAGUAUCGCGAAAGCGUCACAAUCAGCCCACGCAACGCUAAAAAAAGGCAGCUAUACACACACACAAACACACACACAUACAUAGUUGUGGGCUAUUGUUGGCGCUCUCUCACUCUCGCUGCUGUGUCGGUGACAUCGAAAAUGAACCCCCCGCUCCCCGUUUCUACACCAUCACAGCAACAACUUCGCUCUCUGUUUGGCAAAGAUGGCGAACAUUUUUAUUGUAGUAUAAACUCUAUUCCCCGCUCCCCCGCCCCAUCCCUUUUUGGCUAUUGAUGCGUUUGUACAAAGAAGAGAAAACUAAAAACAAGAAAAAGAAAUGAUGAUUUGCAACAAAUAAGAUAUCCCUUAAGGCUCGCGUUCUCUUUGGCCUUAAUGCCAUUUAAAUUCUGAUGCUACACAUACAUAUGCAUCUAUACAUACAGAUAUGUAUGCAUGCCUGUGUAUGUGUAUUUGUAUAUUGUGCGUUUGCAAUUUAUUUUGUUUUUUUUUUUUAAAUUUAGAAUCGUCUUACAAAUCGACUUAAUUGUUUAAAUUUAACGAGUACUCUAAGGAUAUGCUAGUGCAAUAGUAAUAGACAGUGCAAUAUCAUAACAAAACAAAAACACCUGUAAAAAGAAUGAACCUAACUAAACAAAAGCUGCUUUCAAAUUGUCGUUGUGUGUACACCCACACAUGUAUGAGUGUGUGCAAUAAAUAUGGCGACAAAAUGAUGGCAGUCCAAUAUCCAGGACAGUGUGAAAAAGAGAAAAUGAAAUGUAACAAAACGCACCAACACACGACACACACACACACACAUAUGCACUAUACGUAUACAUUAACUCUGCAGCUAAAAGAAACAUAACUAAACAGAACGAAAAUGAAACAAGUAACAAUGUAUUGCAUAUAAAAUAGGUAUAGAAAUUGUAAUCUUUAAAAAACAAAACAA